UUUUAUUCAGUUAGUUCAAGUCGUCUCUGUGAAAAGUCAUUAGUGAAAAUGGAAGUUCUUACUAUCAUUUUGUGGUUCAUAAUAUUUCUUAUUCCGGCCACUUAUCUAUUUUUCAAAAAAAAGUACUCAUACUGGAAAGACCGCGGAGUUCCUUACCUAGAGCCGAAGAUACCUUAUGGAAACCUUCAGAUGUCCAGGAAUAGGCGGGAAAUGAUUGGUCUGUUCUACAAAUCAAGGAGUAAUUUCCCAUUCGUUGGAGCAUACAUGCUUACGUCUCCAGCGGUUAUUGCUACUGACUUGGAAUUCAUCAAAGAUAUUCUAAUUCGUGAUUUCAACUAUUUCGCUGACCAUGGAAUCAGUCACAAUGAGAGAGAUGACCCGCUCUCCUCAAACUUAUUCAUGCUGGACGGUCCAAAGUGGCGCACAUUACGCACGAAGUUGUCUCCAACAUUCACCUCCGGACGGAUGAAGUUGAUGUUCCCCACAGUACUCGAAGUUGCAGAUCGGUUUAAUGAAACGCUGGCUGAGCUUUUGAAGACCCAAAAUACUCUAGAAAUAAAAGAUCUUUUGGCACGUUUCACAACCGAUGUCAUUGGUACCUGCGCUUUUGGAAUUGAGUGUAAUAGCCUAAAGGAUCCCGACGCUGAAUUCCGUAAAUAUGGACGUAAACAUGUCGAACAACCGACUCACGGCCUGUUUGUUACUCGCUUAAUGAAUAUGUUUCCAAAGUUCACCAAAAUGCUACGUCUAUCACGAACGCACAGUGAUGUUACCAAUUUUUUUAUGGGAAUUGUUCGGGAGACAGUAGAUUAUCGGGAAAAAAAUAAUAUUCGGCGAAAUGAUUUUAUGGAUCUUUUGAUUCAGCUGAAGAAUCAUGCAACAAUUGACGGAGAAGAUCACGAGAGUCUUGAUUCAAAAAUAAUUCAAAAGUUAACUUUCGAAGAACUGGCCGCUCAAGCUUUUGUAUUUUUCGUUGGUGGAUUCGAAACUUCGUCGUCAACCUUGACAUUCACCUUUUACGAAUUAGCUAUCAAUCAGGACAUACAAGACAAGUGCAGAGCCGAAAUAAACCGCGUAUUGGAAAAGUAUAAUGGAAACCUGACUUAUGAAGCGAUGAAUGAAAUGCAUUAUGUGGAACAAACUAUUUUGGAAACUUUGCGCAAAUAUCCAAUUGUACCAGUGAACUUCCGUAAAUGCGUUAAGGACUAUCGUGUACGUGGUACGAACGUCACUAUCGAAAAAGGAAUACCAGUUCAAAUUCCAGUUUAUGCGAUUCAUCACGAUCCAGAAAUUUACCCUGAUCCCGAGAAAUUCGAUCCCGAUCGGUUUUCACCCGAAAAUGUGAAAUCAAGACAUUCUGUUGCAUUUUUAAGUUUCGGUGAUGGACCAAGAAAUUGUAUCGGUCUGCGGUUUGGAAAGAUGCAAUCCCGGAUUGGACUUAUAAUGCUACUGAAGAACUAUCGAAUUAGUCUAUCACCCAAGUCACCUUUUCCGCUACUUUUCACAUCGAAAAGCUUCUUACUUUCACCAGAAGGCGGGAUGUACUUAGAUAUUGAAAAAAUAUAAAAUAUUGCAGUGCCACUAUCUGUCGAUAAUUUGAAAAGAUAAAGGACGACUUAUAUUUAAGAUUGUUUAUUAAUAAAAAUAAAAAAAUC